AUGAGUGGUACCAAAACAGGUGUAGUUGGAAACGUAUACAAAGCAGUGGAAGGCACUAGUGGAGAGAAACCCAUCAUACUACAUUGUAUCAUCCAUCAGCAGGCUUUGUGUGGAAAAAAUUUGGAAAUAUCAGAAGUGAUGGAAAUUGUUGUGAAAACAGUAAACUACAUACGGUCGUCCUUCCAAAAACACCGCCAGUUCAAGGCAUUUUUGUCAGAAAUAGACAGUAACUACCCAGACGUGCCCUACCAUUGUGAGGUCCGAUGGCUUAGUAGGGGUAAAGUUUUACAACGUUUUUUUGAACUUCAUGAAGCAAUAGAUAUUUUUAUGAUAGAACAAGGUCGUCAAGAGCCAGUACUUUCUAAUCCGGUGUGGUUGUGGAAGUUAGCAUUUUUAGUUGACAUCACAGUGCAUAUCAACUGUUUAAACUUAAAACUACAGGGACCUAAUUCUCUUAUUACCGAUGCAUACCAUCACGUAAAUGCUUUUAGAAAAAAACUGGCCCUCUUUGAGAAGCAGCUAAAUAAUAAGAAUUUAGACCACUUUGAAACAUGUCAAAAAUGUGUAUCUGAAGCUAGUGUGCCGUUCCCUUCUGAGUUCACUGCUAAGGUCGUCAGCCAAUUGAGUCAGCAGUUUAACAAAAGAUUUGAAGAUUUUGACAAAGAGUGUGGUAGAAUCAACAUGUUUCAAAAUCCAUUCAAGUGUGAUAUUGAUACUGUGCCUCUAUCCCUUCAACUUGAAAUUUUUGACCUAACAACAAAUGAAACGCACAAGGAAAAUUAUCAAGAAUGCCUUAAAAGAGGCGAUCUGUUGUCUUUUCUAUAG